AUGGGUGGAGCAGGCUGGUUGUUCUUGUUUGCGGUCCUCAUGGCCGCUGGUCUUUUGUUUUGCAUGGUGUUCUUUAUCAUAAUGUUCUCUGAUUUGGAGUGCGACUAUAUUAACCCUAUCGACCUGUGCAACAAACUAAACCAAUUUGUUCUCCCCGAGAUUGGUGCACAUACAAGUCUGGCUACAUUAUUCCUGCUUUCUGGCCAAUGGAUUGCUUUCUUGCUCAACGCUCCACUGGUUGUUUACAAUGUCCACAAAGUUCAAACCAGGGGGCAUAUGUACGAUGCGACAGAGAUAUUCCGCUCAUUAUCAAGACACAAGCAGGAGACAUUUAUCAAGCUUGGAUUUUACUUGCUGUCGUUCUUCUACUACCUGUAUAGAAUGAUUGUUGCUUUGAUUGCAGAAAGCGAAUAG